AACCCAGCAGCUCUCAUACAGCUUUCAAAUAGCUGAGAUCUCUGAAGGGAACCAAUAUGGAACAGGCUGGGAAUAAUGUCCUGCAACUCCCCGCAACUCCCUGUGUCCCUGACAUUACUCAUCCCCUGUACUCACAUCUCCAGCCUCAUCUACUGGGUUCUCCAGAGAUGGAAACAAGGAGGUUAGAGGGGAAAUGGGAGAAUGAAGAGCCGGACACUGAGGAUCCUCUGGACACAAUAAAGAGGGAAAUGGAUCCCGUUCCUGGGGCCGGUUCCCCAGAGGCACAAGCAGAAAUGUUACAGAUAAAGACAGAGAAAGAAGAACUGGACUGUGGAGAUGAUCAGAACCCAAAGGAAAGCUCAGCAGUUCCAGUUACUAAUGGGGCUUCUCCAUUGGCUGAAUCAGAAAUAUUACAGAUAAAGAUAAAGGAAGAAGAACUAGACCCUGAAGAUCAUCUUUACCCAAUGGAGAGUUUGGCUGUUACACUUACUGAUGGGAAUGGUUCCACGGACUAUACAGUUAAAUUGCAAAUUUCCAGAUCUCCUCAGAGCUCACAAGUAGCAGAAGUCACCAAUUUCUCUUGCACGCUGGAACGAGAAGGCCCUGGGCUAUUUAAAGGGCCAGUGCAGCAGAAAAGGGAGAGUGAUUUGGGGGGUGAGCCUGGCACAAGAUACGAGGAGGGCUCAGCAAGGUCUGAAGCACCCGGGUUAACCUGCUGUAAAUGUAGAAGCAGCUUCUUGUUGGAGAGAGAUGUCCUUGCACACGUCUGUGCCGACCCUACAAAGAACUUUACCAAUAACCCAAAUAAUAAAGACACUGAGGCAAAACCUUUCAGCUGUUUGGAGUCUGAGAAGUGUGUCAGUGUGAGGGUUAAAGCCAAUCUAGAUCUGCAGGUUCCCAUGUGGAAGAAACCAUUCAUGUGUCCAGUAUGUGGGAGAAGUUUCCAUCAAAAAAGCCAACUUUUGUGUCACCAGAAGAUUCACGCAGGGGGAAGGCCUUUCCGGUGCACACAGUGUGGGAGGAGCUUUGCUCUGAAGGAGCAGCUUCACAAACACCAGAGAGCUCACACGGGGGAGAAACCUUUUGUCUGUACAGAAUGUGGGAGACGUUACACCCACAAGAGCAGCCUCCUCACGCACGCCACGAAGCACCGAGGCGACAGACCUUUCUCAUGUACAGAAUGCGGCAAAAGCUUUUCUGACAUCAACAACCUCCUCAGCCACGAGAAAAGUCACACGGAGGAGAAGCAUUUUUCAUGCGCGGAUUGUGGGAAACUUUUCUCUCACAAGAGCAAUCUCCAGAAACAUAAUCGUAUUCAUUCAAGGGACAGACCUUUCUCAUGUACGGAAUGCGGGAAGUGCUUCUCUGAAAAGAGCAACCUGCUCAACCACCACAAAAUCCACACCGGGGAGAAACCAUUCACCUGUUCAGAAUGUGGCAAAAGCUUCUCUCAGAAGAGCCACGUUCAAAGUCACCAGAAAAUCCACACGGGGGAGAAACCCUUUGUCUGUACAGAAUGCGGGAGAUGCUUUUCUCAUAAGAACAAUCUAAUGACGCAUGAAAUGAUUCACAAAGGGGAGAAACCCUUCACCUGUACCGAGUGUCAGAAAAGCUUCUCAAACAUGCAUAAGCUUCGCGUCCACCAAGAAGUUCACUCGGAGGAGAAAUCUUUUAAGUGCAAACAAUGUGAGAAAAGUUUCUCUCGCAAACACAAUCUCCAAAGCCACGAAAGGAUUCACACAGGGGAGAAACCAUUCACCUGUACAGAGUGUGGGAAGAGCUUCUGUGACAAGAACAACCUUUACAGCCACCAGAAAGUUCACAAAGGGGAGAAACGUUUCACUUGUACAAAAUGCGGGAAAUGCUUCCUACGGAAGGACACCCUGAUGGGUCACCAGAUAAUUCACACGGGAGAGAAACCCUAUACAUGCAAGGAAUGUGGCAAAUGCUUUUCUCGCCAGAACAGCCUUCAUCGGCACCGGAGAAUUCACACAGAGAUGAAACCGACAGAAUGUAGGAGAAGGUUUAUUGAAGAAAAUGAACUUCGUGGCCACCAGAAGGUCACAAUGCGGGAGAAUGUAUUUUCGUGAGCAAAGGUUGACGGAGAUUUUCUCAGAGUCACUUUCCCAGCCAUCAGGAAGUUUACACAAAAUGUAUUUCUCACUACAUUAUAUGUAACAAUGACUUUAUAUGUGAGCGGUCCUUGUGCUUACUUGUACAUCUUGGCCCCUGCACUGCUGCAAAUAAAGCUACAGGGUUGAUAAAUAAA